AUGAUAUUGUGUACAGUCGCAUGCUCGUUAAAUCGGCCAACUAGGAACAAGAAAAUGUCUGAACCGGACAGAAUUGGACCAGAUGUUGGGCCAAAAAAAACCAUGACAGAUCGUGUUCAUGCUGUUAAGCAUGCAUUUCUGACGAGGGACGGACUACUUGGUAACUACGAUUAUGGCUUCCUCUUUCGCCCCAACCUACCAUUCAUGCGCCGCCCGCGCAAAGCCGCCCCGUUCUUCGGCCUCGACGACCGCAUGCCGGUUGUCCUAGGAUUGAUCCUCGGAUUCCAACAUGCGCUUGCAAUGUUGGCAGGAGUUGUUUCUCCGCCAAUUAUUAUAGGAAACGCCGUAAAUCUAGGACCGGAAAUGACACGGUAUUUGGUGUCGACUUCCUUGAUUGUUUGCGGGUUUUUGUCAGCGAUACAAAUCACCAGGUUUCACAUCAAGGGGACGCCGUAUUAUAUUGGUACGGGUUUGAUAUCGGUAGUUGGGACAUCUUUUGCUAUAAUCCCCGUUGCAUUGGGCGCGUUUGAACAGAUGUACCAGAACGGAAAGGUCUUACAGAUGAAAACGGCAUCCGGCAGCCUUGUCCCGAUGCCUAUGGUGCCCUCCUCGGAACCGAAUUGGCUAGGAGGUGUAAAUGCGCCACAUCCGCUGCCGUGGGGUGCGACGGAGUUCAUCGGGUUGGGGUUCUCGGUAUUCAUCACAAUUAUAUUGUGUGAGAAAUUUGGAAGUCCAAUUAUGAAGUCCACCAGCAUUGUGAUUGGUCUCCUUACUGGAUGCAUCAUUGCUGGAGCAACCAAUUAUUUCGACAAGACUGGUAUCAACGACGCACCUGCUGUCUCGUUCGUUUGGGUGCACACAUUUAAGCUCUCGGUAUAUGGGCCACUAGUAUUGCCCCUGCUAGCGGUGUAUAUCAUUUUAGCCUGCGAAGCAAUUGGUGAUAUAACCGCAACUUGUGAUGUUUCCAGACUAGAUGUUGAAGGCGGGCUAUUCGAUUCAAGAAUCCAAGGAGGGUUAUUAGCUGAUGGCCUUAACGGCCUUGUUGCUGGCCUUGCUACAAUUACUCCUAUGUCGACAUACGCCCAGAACAAUGGUGUGAUCGCUCUUACUCGAUGUGCAAACCGGAAAGCCGGCUAUGCAGCCUGUUGUUUCCUUAUAAUCAUGGGUAUUUUCGCAAAGUUCGCGGCUGCUCUGGUCGCAAUCCCGUCGGCAGUUCUCGGCGGUAUGACAACGUUUCUGUUCUGCGCUGUUGCUGUGUCUGGAAUGAGUAUUACGGCGACUAUGCCGUUCAGUCGACGGAAUCGAUUCAUUCUUACCGCAUCUCUUUCAGUGGGAUACGGUGCCACCCUUAUUCCGGAUUGGUUUGAACAUUUCUUCACUUAUUCAGGCGGGGGAGGCCUGCAGGGGUUGAUCGACGCCGUCAAUCUCAUUAUGGAGACCGGGUUCGCCAUAACCGCCUUCAUCGCAAUCAUCCUCAACCUCUUCUUAGAUGAUGAGAUCGAGGACAACGGCCUGGAGAUAACCAGUAGUAACGACAUCACCAGAUUCAACGGCGUAGAACCUCUAGAUUUAUCGGCUGAGAAGUCCGGAAAUGAGACGCCUGCUGAUAUUUCAAAGCAAGUUUAG